AGGAAGUUGAAUAAUCAGCUGAUAGUGGUGGUGUUUUGUUGGAAGUUGCCGUUGUUUGUGAAGUGUUUAUAUUCCUUUCUCUUCAAUUCACGAUAAAGACACAACAAACGAAAAAAGGAAUUCGAUGGACAUUUAAUUAUUAGUGAUGUUAUGAAAAUUAGCUAAGUGACUCACUGUUACAAUUUCAAUUCAUAGCUAGCUAAAUUGCUGUUGAAUCCUCGGGAAGAAAGAAAACAGCAACGUAACGUCAGUCAACGGGUUUGAGACGUUCUUUGUUUUUGUUUUGUCAGACAGAAUUGCAGUAUUUGGUUUCUUCUUUUUGAACAUUGUUUUAUAUUUAUUUAUAAUUGUGCGUGGAUUUUAAUAACAAUAAAUAUACAUGAGAGCUAGCUAGCAUAGCUACAAGUCGCCGAUAAUUGUUGUCAAGCUCCUGAGUUGUCUAAUCAGAAGCGAGACAACAGAGCUGUUUAGAUAGUGACGAGUGUGGAAAGAUUUCAGACUAGCUAGCUAGCUAGUUGUGGUGUGAUCGUCAUUUGCACAUCACUCAGUUAGCUCAACUGCGACCUGUUGGUAGAGUUAUAUGUCAGCCACCAACCUGUAAUUCUCAGUUAGCUUUGUGUGCAAUUUAGCAAGUUUGCUGCGCAAUUCCUGAAUGCCAACGUUGUCAGCAAGGAUCGCUGGUCCAAAAGUAUGGUAACAGCAAUGUGUCGUAACUAAGUGUCGGAGUGUCUUGGCCUCUGAGAAGGUGUCAUUUGUCCCACUGUCAAUAUAUUUCAGGGUGUUUUAUGUAAACCCGUAUUGUGUAUGCCUAUGAAUUAAGUAUUAUUUUAUUGUGUUAAUAGCUUCAUGUUGUGUAGAAACCGUGCAAUUGAAAAGGAGUGAUUUAAGAAGAGAAGGAUCAGGCAGUCUAAUAUUAAAGAACGGUCCAGUUCUGGCACAGGCACAGAACCUCCUUGAAAAUCCUUCUCCCUACUUGCCAAUGCUGGAUCUGGAAGUUGUUCCUGAAAGAUCUUUAGGACAUGAGCAAUGGGAAUUCGCAUUAGGGAUGCCAUUGGCCCAGGCCAUUUCCAUUUUACAGAAACACUGCCGCAUCAUCAAGAAUGUCCAGGUUCUCUACAGUGAACAAAUGCCACUCAGUCAUGACCUCAUACUCAACUUGACUCAGGAUGGAAUGAAACUGCUGUUUGAUGCCUGUAACCAGAGACUGAAGGUGAUUGAAGUAUACGACUUGAGCAAAGUGAAAUUGAAAUACUGUGGAGUACAUUUCAACACUCAGGCUAUAGCACCCACUAUAGAGCAGAUUGACCAGUCCUUUGGUGCCACACACCCUGGAGUAUACAAUGCUGCAGAGCAACUGUUCCACUUGAACUUUCGGGGACUCUCCUUCUCCUUCCAGCUUGACUCAUGGAAUGAAGCUCCCAAGUAUGAGCCUAACUUUGCCCAUGGCUUGGCCUCCCUGCAGAUUCCGCACGGGGCCACAGUGAAACGGAUGUACAUCUAUACUGGGAACAACCUACAGGACACCAAGGCUCCAGUGAUGCCCCUUGCCUGUUUCCUUGGCAACGUGUAUGCAGAGUGUGUGGACGUGCUGAAGAAUGGUGCGGGACCACUUGGUCUGAGACUUCGCAUCCUCACUGCAGGCUGCGGGCCGGGUGUGAUGGCUGAUGCCAAGGUGCGUGCUGUGGAGAGGAACAUCUACUUUGGAGACUCCUGUCAAGAUGUGCUGAGCGCUCUGGGCUCGCCACACAAGGUCUUCUACAAGUCAGAGGACAAGAUGAAGAUCCACUCUCCGUCGCCUCACAAGCAGGUCCCGUCCAAAUGCAAUGACUACUUCUUCAACUACUUCACCCUGGGGGUGGACAUACUCUUUGAUUCCACCACACACCUGGUGAAGAAGUUUGUCCUUCAUACCAACUUCCCUGGUCAUUACAAUUUCAACAUAUAUCAUCGAUGCGAUUUCAAGAUUCCACUUGUCAUUAAGAAAGAAGCUGCUGAUGCUCAGUGGGAGGACUGCAUUCUCACUACCUACAGCAAGUGGGAUCAGAUUCAGGAACUUCUUGGACACCCCAUGGAGAAGCCUGUCGUGCUCCACAGGUCAUCCUCGGCAAAUAAUACCAAUCCCUUCGGCUCUACGUUCUGUUUUGGACUCCAGCGAAUGAUCUUUGAGGUGAUGCAGAACAACCACAUAGCUUCAGUGACUCUGUACGGUGCCCCCAGACCCAGCAGCCGGGUCCGAGCCGAGACCAGCGCCCACUGAACAGCAUCCUACUGCCAACCCAGGCUUGGCCUGAGGGCUGUCUCUCCCCUUCUCCAGGCCACACCACAGCACCCCUAGGCUGAUCAGAGCAGUGUACUGUCUCACUCAAUCUCUCACCCACUGCCAUGUUCACACCAGAGAGGAGCUCCUCUGGACCCAUCUGCCCAACUCUGACAGGCACCUCAUCCAGAGGCCUGCAGGAGCCUUACGUCAGUCUUCAUCCCACCUCCCUCCCACCUCUGACUUACCCUGUCCCAAUGGUCUUCAUCAUCAAAACACUCAUUAGAUGUGUUUCAUCAAUGCACAUUUGUAUGCCGGCAUGCACAAACACAAGCUCACCUGCAUACACAAAUGAGCACCUGCGUGCAUGUUACAGUUUUUAAAAUGACUUCAUACAUGCUUGACAUGCACACAUAUCAGAAACUGAUACCAAAAUCAUUUCAAUCCUUUCUCCACUAUAUGUUCAUGUUACCUGUUAAUACACAUGCAUAUGGAUGCAGGCUCAUCUCAUAUCUGCAGCACUAGCAUAACAAGUACACCAUUACAUACACAGACAGUUACAGAAACAAACAUGCAUGCACACAGACAAUUGCAUGAAUAGAGAAGUUGUUGUUUUUAAAAGGAGAGUGGUAAAAGAUGACUAGCACAAAUUGUCCUCCCCAUGGAGGGUCCUAGUGCUCUGCAUGCUUUGAGGGGGAACUGUCUUGGCACAUGAUCAAACACAGACACACAUAUACUGGUCCACAUACACCACACACACACACAAAUUCAUACACUCAUGUCAUGAACAAGUCCUCAGCAUAAGCCACCUCCUAUUGCAAGGCCGUAAAUCACUAACUGCAUUUGUAGUUAGUUAGUUUGUUUUGUUUAUUUGCCAGGACCGAUGGAAACAUUUGAACAUUUGCACUAAGAUACACCCUAUUUACUUUCUUGUUGUUUCCUAUCCAGUGAGGAGUAUUGUGCAUUUUAUUUAUAUUAGUGAUGGCAGAGGAAAGGCUCCAGCUCCUCUAUCCCAUGACUUGCUUCCUUUCCUUCCACAUGUACACUAUCCCCUCCACUGCCCACUGCUACCUCUGUCUUUACAGCCUUCCUCCCCAUGCUAUCCCAUGACUGGCUUCCUUUCCUUCCACAUGUACACUAUCCCCUCCACUGUCCACUGCUACUCCUGUCUUUACAGCCUUCCUCCCCAUGCUAUCCCAUGACUGGCUUCCUUUCCUUCCACAUGUACACUAUCCCCUCCACUGUCCACUGCUACCCCUGUCUUUACAGCCUUCCUCCCCAUGCUAUCCCAUGACUGGCUUCCUUUCCUUCCACAUGUACACUAUCCCCUCCACUGUCCACUGCUACCCCUGUCUUUACAGCCUUCCUCCCCAUACUAUCUCAUGAUUUCUCUUUCCCCCUACUUCUCUCUCUCUUCACAGGAGAUGAAUCCCUCAGAUUUACUUCAUCAUUGCUAUCAUUCUUAAUUUAAAAAAAGUGUUAAAUUGCCAAAAGUUUUGCCAAAGAUGGUUCAGCAUGUUUUAAGUUAUCCAGGCAUUUUAGUUUGUCAAAAUUUGACCUUUUCCUAAGAAGAGCAGACAUUCCCUCCUAAACAAUAUUUUUUUUAAAAUUGUAGGCCCCUGACCCAUAAUCUUAAUCUCUCCUAAGAACUUCUUGGGUAUAUAAUCUUUAUUAUUUGUGCUUUUUAAUGCAGAUAUUUUAUCAUUCAGUUUUUAGUCUCCUGAGACUCCUCCCUAUGUGUAGCAGGUAGAUUGGGGACUAUGUGCAGCAGCAGUCUCUUCUGGUGUUUUGUACAGAUUUGUAAAUAGUGUGCUCUUUUUUGUCAUUUUAAGCUAAUGGUACAAUGUGGGUCUGAAUUGUUUUAAGGUCAGAGCACACACCAGACGUGACACUUGUAUUACUUAGGAAUUCUGUUUGAUGUCUCUCUCCCUAGUGGAGAGAACAGUGGCGCUCCUAAGCCCUGGGCCUGGAGGGUUCAUUCAUCUCUCUAGUUCAGCUUUAACCACUUAGUACUAGAGACAGAUGCUGAAGAUGGGCUAAAGCUGAUACAAGGAGGGGCUACUGUUGGGUUGGGAAGGGAGCCCUGUACAGUCUAUGAUGUUUAGAACCCCUGGAUGUGUGUGUGAUCAGUGUUACAGUGGGUUGAUCGUGUUCUGGUGCUAGAUCAGAGGUGUGACUGAGGCUUAUAAGUGUGUGUCCUCCCAUCUUGUGUAUCUAUCUGCCAUCAUGUCAGCCCCUGUCAGACCAGUCCUCCAGGUCUCAGCUUUACAGUGUGUGAUGCAGGCUUAUUACAUGGGCAUGGUUCAUUCUGUUACAUUGACUUGUUUCAUGAGUUGCGAUGGGGGGGGGAAAAGCCCUGUACUGUUGUUUUUAAUUUUAUCCCUUGCUUUGUGCAAGUUGAAUAAAAGAAAAGGGUAGAAUGGCUUGUUAAAGUUGUGCCUCAUCUCCCACCAAGCCUGUCUUGACUUCUCUCUGUAAAUUAAACUAGGCUAUAGAACUGCAUUGUGUAUGACUUGAGCAUGAAAAGUUAACAUGGUUGGCUGACUGUCACCCAUAGUCAUCAUUGUCCUCUUGCUCCAGAAAACAUAACAGUAAAGAGUAGAUUAAAGACUUGGGUCACUAUUCAAUCUGUAUUGCUGAAGUGUUACAGCUAGCACGAUAAAUGUAAAGGUAAUUCAUUUUCAAUUACUCUGUAACUCAACUUUCUCGAUACGGAUUGAAUAGAGCCCUUUAUGUAGAGGUCCUGAGCUCAGUCAUGAAGGGCAUUGCUGUCAUCCUCAUCACAUAUCCCCCUGGUAUUCUGAUUGGAAGAUUUGCACAGUACACAAUAUAUUGUUUUGUCUGGUCUUAUGUUAUCGUUGCAGGACACAGAAACAUGUAUAUCACUCUGAACAUCUCACAGCAAGACAAUGGUUAUAACAUCAGUUUGACCACCCACUGGCCAGCCCUUCAUGACCUGAGAUGGAUACACAGACUGGUUGUGUUGGAAUUCAAAUACAAUGCACACUCAGCUUUGAGCGAGAAAACAAAUGCAACACCACCAAUGUUGGAGUGAUGUUUCUGGAAUGUUACUGCUGAGAGUGAGUAGCUAGUGUGCUGGGCUGUUCUUGCCCAAUCUCAGGUGGACAUAUCAGAUAUUUUUUUAAUGCCAGGCGCAAGUGAAUGCUUCAUUUUCAUCAGUUGGUUUUAGCUAUUUUAUUUCCUCUGAGGUUAUCCUAUUUUUCCAUUGGAAUGAAUGAAUGGUUGUCCUUAAGAUUAGAAAUUGACAACUUCAGUUUAGUGUAAUACUCGUAUUAAUUCUAUGUAUUGUCUCCCUUUAUAUUGUGUGUUAUCCUCCUCCCCCAAAGUAAUUAUUUUUGGUGGAUUCAGUACAGUUAACCCAUUUCUGGAAAUGGGAAUUAUCCUUAAUUAAACUUGUGAAUCAAAUUCAUUGGAAUGUGGUGUUUUAUAUUUUGGAUACCUUUACUUCUGUACAAUAAAGAACAUGUAUAGAUCAACAUUAUCAAGCAUGUCAUAGAAAGCAAUAACCAUUACUGCGGUGAAUCAGAACGGUCUGCUUAAAGCUUGCGCAAUGCUUCCGACUGAAACGAUGCAAGAUUGCUGUGAUAAAUUUAGAUGAGCUCCUCAUUAAAUCUACUGAAACUCAACAUUUAUAAUUUUAUAACACUGCUCAUUAUGAAUUCUGUUAAUUAAAAAUAAUCCUGUUACUGUGUGUACAAAAAGGAUAUGAACAAAUGGAUGUAAUAAAUAUGACACAAAAAG